GACACCCAUUUACAGCUUUACUGCCUUGUUGAGUCCGUCAGAUUACUCUCACUGCCACCUCUAUCUUAUCCUCUCACUUUCUUUCUCUUAGUAGUCUUUUUGAAUCAUUCUCUUACACAGACACACAGGCUCUCACUGAAAUACAUUCAUUCAACUCAGCUCAUUCACAAUCACAGGUCAGGCAGCCUCACAUUUCACCUUGCUCUGCCCCUGGCUGAGAGGAGAGAUCCCUGCAAGGUGCAACCAUCACACAGGACACAGGAUCCCACAACUCUAGCAGCUUGGACUGAGGGACCUUGGUACUCCAGGACAAUCUAACAAGAUUGAGACAUUUCUUUGGGAUGGAAUUGAAAAGUUCUCAUUCAUCAUUCUGAAGAGCAAGACCAACAGACAGCUGUUUAAAAGACUAGAGUGAUACACUUGAGUUUGAAAUUGUUUACUUAGGAUUUUUUUAACCCUCUAUUCCCAUGCUUCUGCUUAUGGGUUCUGCGUGAGGCAGAGUACCCAGCGAAUACCAGCAACAUGCCGACUACUUCUGCAAGGUGCACCUUGGGAGUCUGACCCAUCAUGUUCAAAUGGACACCUACUACCGCUGGUCUCCACUCUGACCUCACCUUUGCCGGCUCAGCCCUCCCUUCUUAUCCUUUUUCCUUGUUAUGCCUAUCCCUGCUAUUUCUGGCUUGCUCCUCUCUUGGAGUUUGCCCACCUGCACUGGGGCAUGAGCCCCUUCAUGUGCUGGCACAAGGCACAAACUGCUCGUGGACACUGGAGCGGCACACGCGCAGCUACAACCACCUCGAGGGUGACGUCCGCCUUCGGCGCCUCUAUUCCGCCAACAAGUUCUUUCUCUGCAUCGACAAGACAGGCAAAGUGGAUGGCACCCGUCGGAAGAAUUACCCUGACAGUCUGAUGGAAAUCCGAUCUGUCAGUGUGGGAGUUGUCGCCAUCAAAUCUGUCAGCACUGGCCUGUACUUAGCUAUGUCCAAAAAGGGAACACUCUUCGGAUCGGUCAGAUACAGUCCCAGCUGCAAGUUCAAAGAGCGCAUUGAAGAGAACGGCUAUAACACCUACGCCUCCCUGCGCUGGAAGCACAGGGGGAGGCAGAUGUUCGUGUCGCUGAACGGCCGAGGGAAACCCCGCAGAGGCCACAAAGCUAGACGGAGACACCCAUCUACUCAUUUCCUUCCUAUGCUGGCCACAUAGCUGGACUGUUCAUCAUGAGCAAUGCUAUGCCAUCUGCAUUUGAUGGGGACUUAUUAAAUGUUAUUAAGUUCUGGUUUGUCUUUUUUUUUUUUUUCCUGAGUACUGUCGCACAGUACAUUAACUUAUUACUCUGGCUCAGCUUAAGACCCAGUACAGUUUAAAGCAAGGGUGUUAAUAUGAUGUAUAUACAGGUUACGUAUUAAUGUUAUUGUUGAGUUAAAUAGGCAUUUACUGCAUCUAUCUGUUAUACUAUUAUGACAGAUUUCUGACUGACAUUACCAACCUAGUCUUAUUGUAUAAAAACAUACUUAUACAAUUCACUGCAGUUUCCAGCUGAAAUGAACAGUAGCGGCAGUAAAAUGGCAACAGUCUUAUUCCUUUUGACACAAAUUAUGAUUAUACAGCAUUUUGUACAUAAUAAAAGACUCUUCUCAUCUUAAGACAAAGAAACUCUCAAAACAACUUUUACCACACUGUAUGUAUCAUGGUUUCUACAAAAAUAUUAAGCAGCACAAUAAUGAGAAAUGUUUUUGAAGCAUAAUAUCUGCAUAUUAAAUUGAUUUCUGAAGGAUCAUGCAACAAGACUAAUGGCUGGUGAAAAUUCAGC